CUUUGUUCAUAAUUUUAUUUUAUUCCUGGGAAUAGGACAUAAAAGCAGAAAUGACUUAAAUUGGUUCUGUUUCUAGUAAAACUAUUCACUGUGACAUUUGUGUUAUAAUUGUGUACCUAUAUUAGAAUUAGAAUUGAAAGUAGUGUAAUUGUUUUAAAUGAAAAAAGGAAUACAGAAAACGUGUCUUAAUGGAAAUGAUCGUUGAAUAGUUAAUCGUUUAAUGGAAUAGUUGUUGGCUUUGCUGAAUAUAUAAUGUGUUGAGUAUCUGUGGUAUGGAUAGUCUGAGACAGCCGGUACAAGUUCUAGUGCAAGCUAGAUGCUAAAAAGACAGAAUUCAAGUACUAAAGUCUUGAUUUGUUUAUGGAUUCUUUUUCUGUUGGUCACGAGGAUGGAUUUUCAUUAGUGAAAUAUGAAAAAGAUGUAUAGCUGGUCGCGGAGGACAUCAUGGAGUGUCCGCGGUAUCAGGAUGAAACUGCAGCAUGUUCCCACACAGACAUGUAAAGCUUGUAUCCGUUGCUCUAUGAGAGUGUUUGAGUCAGAAUGGACACGUUACUGUUUUAUAUUUGUAAUAUUGAGUACAGUUUGUUGUCUAUUGUUUGGCUGGGUGUUGUUCAGAGAUCCUUGCUUUGAAUGGGAAAUACGAACAAGUCUGUGUAAUGACUAUCAGAAUGGGUUGAUUGCUGGUUCCCUGUGUUAUGACCUAUGCAUAGAGGACAUUGUUUCAUUGUCCAGCUGUAUAGAACAGGAUGGCCAGCAUUCUGUAUUUAAGUGGGAAGAUCAGGUAAUUAAAGCUCGGUUACCAGAGAAGGAAGGUUCACAGUCCAACACCGACUCUAUAUGGGAGGGUAUGACGCAGACAGAUUUCUCUAAUGUGAUAAAGAAUUUAUUUACCCGUGUUCUCGGCAACAACGACCAUUCCAGCCUUAUAAAGAGAGCCUUAAGUUACGCUGACUUCAAUAGAGAUGGUCAGCUGACGUAUGGUGAAGUUAACUCUUUGUGGCAGUUACUGCAGAUUCAAGAAUUCCAGACAUUGUUUAUAUUCCAACAUAAUUCAGUAUUUCCAAAAAUCAAUGGGACCUGUGGCUCCCUGUAUGCGUAUGAGGCAGCGUAUCACCAGAUGUUGUACAGCAAAAAUACAUCAUCAUAUAUAGAUAGAGCCUUUCCAAAUAGAUAUCGCUGGCACCUGCCGGAGUUCCCAAAACGAAUGCAUAUUGCUCUGGGUUUGUUAGAGUAUGUUUACACAACGAUGGAAACUGAAAACACGAAGUUCUACAUGUGUAAUUUCAGUCCAAAGAACUUCGGAUACACGGAGUACUUUGAGAUGAAAGUAUCCAAUGUACAGGGUAUUAUAUCUGAGCAGUUUUUAAAUAAGACAUUACAGAGUAAGACCUGUGAAACAGACGCAGAUUGUCUCUAUGGCGACGUGUGUAAAUCUCGGUGCAAUAAGAAUAUACACCGAUGUUCCGGUGUUGGUGUGAACUACAUUCCAGACUUAGUUAAAAUAUGCCAUAUCUUGCAAGACUACCUUGUGUAUAAUUUGCCCGUUAAGUUGAAAUACACUCUCAGUCAUGUUGUUGCAGACUGCAUUAGGAUGGCAAAAAAGUUGCACAGUAAAUCCGCGUCAAUGAUUCUUGUAGAUCAAAACCUUGCUCUGGAUAGGUUAAACCAAGUACUGUGGAAUGAAUUGAAAUAUGCAGAAAACAAGUGGUUAACGAAGCCCACCAAGAAACCAUCAGUUAUGCUGUAGGUUCUUACUUUAUACCUGACAUUAUGCAAUAUUUCCAAGAUAUUAAUGGGUUGAGAAAGUAGGUGUUUUGCAAGGAAUAUCCGUAAACCAGAUACUGAAUGAUGCAGAUUGGAAACUUGUCAACCAGAAAAUCUACAGCUGUGUAAUAAAUUCUAUGUUUUAACCUGAUAUUGUAUAAUGAAUCGCAAUAUUACUCGAGAUAUUAAGUAGUUAAUAUAAAGCAUCUAGAAAUAUGAGCCGUGCCAUGAAAAAACCAACAUAGUGGCUUUGCGACCAGCAAGGAUCCAGACCAGCCUGCGCAUCUGCGCAGUCUGGUCAGGAUCCAUGCUGUUCGCUAACAGAUUCUCCAAUUGCAAUAGACUUUGAAAGCGAACAGCAUGGAUCCUGACCAGACUGCGCAGAUGCGCAGGCUGGUCUGGAUCCAUGCUGGUCGCAAAGCCCACUAUGUUGGUUUUCUCAUGGCACGGCUCAUAUAAACAGUCAAGAAAAUAUAAAUAGUUGAGAAAACAGAUGUAUAGGUUUUAAGGUAACAACAAAUUUGAAGGAUGGAAUUUUAAAAUAUUACUUAAUAUUGUUAUAUACUUAGGCCAUCCUAGAAACUUGCUAUUAAGUUUUGAAACCGGUGAUUAUGUAAUUAAUCUAAAUACAUAGAGAUAAGAAGAUUAACCUAAUACAAGAAUAGGGAGGAGCCUCCGUGGCCGAAUGGUUAAGGUCGCUGGCUCCAGAUCACUUGCCCCUCAUCGAUGUGGAUUCGAGUCUCACUCGGGGCGUUGAAUUCUUCAUGUGAGGAAGCUAUCCAGUUGGCUUACGGAAGGUCUGUGGUUCUACCCAGGUGCCCGCUCGUGAUGAAAUAAUGCACGGAGGGGCACCUGGAGUCUUUCUCCACCAUCAAAGCUGGAAAGUUAAACCCAACAAAAACAAAAGAAAUAAUACAAGAAUAGGAGUGCUGUGUUGUUUGGGCAAGGAGGUAUCAAGAUCUGUUUGGAAUUAUUAGAAUUCACAGAAUUUGGGUCUCAACCAAGUUGGAGUUACCUUUUAAAAAUGUCAAAUAGCGCUAGUAAUCCAGCCAUUUAUUUAAAUAGACUUUUACUUUUAAAUUGAUAAGAAACAUUUUAAUGGGCUAAAGUUCCAUUAUUUCUAACUUUGUUAUAUGAUGUACCUGUUAUUUGAUAUUUGAAUUGUGUCUUUCAUCGACUUGAAUGGUUGCCUAAGAAAAAAAUACAGCUGUGUCAGAUAUUGUAGAUUGCUAGAACUUGCUUUUAUGUAAAGUUUGCACUAAGCGAACAGUUUUAUAAAUGGUUCUGUUGUAAAAAUGUUGUCUUAUUUAUAUGAUUUUACAGACACUUUUGUACAGGAGUUUUAUGUAGUUUGUUUUAUAAAUUUGUUUGAUUUUGUAACUUUGAAAUUAAGAAGGUUAAUAUGCUGGGGUGGGGUACAGAAUAAGUGUUAAAAGGUAAUUUUUAGAAUGCAAACUACAGCAAACAUUGGCUGGUAGUUUGUUUUUUUUAUUUUGUCUCACCAUAUAUUGGGGAGAUAAGUUGAUUUUUUGCUGCCUGUCUAUCUGUUAAUCCGUUUGUCACAAAAGUUUGUUCUCUGAAACUACUGGUUGGAUUUCAAUAAAACCUUGUAGAAAUGUUCAGUACUAAGAUUAGUUUUGCAUAUUUUAUGCAUUUUUUGGUCGAUUGAUUUUUGGCAGAGUUAUUGCCCCUUAUGUGUCAUUUUUCAGGUAAAGUUUGUCUAGACUACUUCUACUGUACCACUGACUGGAUUUGAUAGAAACCUUAUAGGAUUGAUUAGUACAAAGUCUAGUUAUGCAUAUUCUUUAGGUAUUUUGGUUAGUUGAUUUUUGGUGGAGUUGUGGACCAUUUCAAGAAAAAAGCCAUUUUUCACUCUGUUUACAUGCUAGCAACAUUAUUUCAUUACCCGUCCUAAUUCAUAUUGAAGAAGAACGUGUUUAUAAAACAUAGAUUAAGAUUUAUUACAAUAGACCAGAUCUGAUAAGUAAGUCUAGAGUUAUGUGCCCUUGAUUUAACAAAAAUGCCAUAUUUACUAUGUUUAUGCUUGACCAUCUUCACUUCUUAACCAAUCCUAAUCAUAUUUACACAGAAUAUUUAUACCAAUGAGCUUGCUUUUAAAUACGAGUAUGAGUCAGAUCUGGUAAGAAAAUUAAGAGUUAUGUGCCCUUGAAUUAUCAAAAAAUGUCCUAUCUUAAUGUUCACAGUCUCUAGUGCAUAAUGUAUCAUUAUUUUUUAACAAACACUUACCAUGUUUACACUUGUUAAAUAUCAAGUUGGAGUGCUAGUAUGUUUAGACUAUUGAUCAAUGAUUUAUAUUCUCUUAAUUUCCAUGUAACAUUAAUAAAUUAUGCAGUGUAACUCUACACAUUCAUAUACAUGUACCAAACUUGUUAUGUGAAUUCACGUGCAAGUAUGUCUUUUUCCAACACAUGUCUUUGUUGUGCUCAGAUAUUGUAUAUCUAUUUAUCCUGCCAUUUAAAUGCAUGCAUAUAGGGAGACAUGCACUUGUUUCAAGAGUAAUCUCUAGUUUUAAGUUUAAUACUGUUUUUUAAACCAGAUAUUUUUAAACAUUUCAGAAUGUUAUAGAUAAGUCUAACAAUUAGAGAAUGUUCUCCCUAUUUCUUUUGUUUAAGCAGUAUUUAUCUAUCAUAAUGUAACAUGUUCAAACAUACAUAAUGUUGUUGUAUAACAUCUUAUUUGUGGAUCUUGUAUUAAGCUUUACCAAAAAAAAAAAAAAUACACAUAAAUCCAUCACCAUGUCUUUAAGCAUGUACUGUGCUGCAGCUUUCUUGUCUUUGCGGUUGUAUUUCAAGGGCAUUUCCAAGUUGCCUGUAGGCAGUUAUUAUUUGUAUGCACCACUCUUAAUAUUGGUAAGUUAAUACUGGUCAAAAGUGCAUACUGGGUCCAAGGUCAUAAAACUCAGUGCCGGAAACCGUCUUGAAAUUCAAGCAUCUCAUUGGUCAAUCAGGAGAUUUUACUUAGAAUCGACCAAUCAGAUGCUAGAGUUUUGAGACUGAUCCUUAGCUUUAUUACCUCAGGCUCUUGUCUUUAUUUACUGUUGUUAUACUUUUUUAUGUUUACAACUGUCUAAAUUAUAAAACUGUAUUUGAAUUAUUUGUUUUACUGUAACCAGGGUAAAUUUCUGUAUAUUUUUAAAGAGUUGUAUCGUUGUACAGUUCACAGCUGGUAAACUUGUAUUGUCACAAAAUAAGUCAUUGUUUGCAUUUACGUAAUUUAUAUAAUAAGUUUUAUAUUCAGAAUUUUUAUGUAAAAGUGUGUUUUUUCCUGUUUUAAUUGCAAACAAAUGAUGUCAGAAAAUCAAGACUUGCACAAAAGUAUGGCCACAAGCAAGUAGCAACCCAUAUGUAUUUUAUCUUUGGUUCACAUAUUCUGUGAGUCUAUAACAGAGUUCUUUGUUUCAGAUUUUAUUUGUCACUAAUUUUUCACAAAUUUGAUGGAAAUAAAUCAAAGGCGGACUCAUUCUGAUGGUGUCAAGAGCAAUAGUAAUAUCCCACAUAACUUUAUUUUGUGGGGGCUAUAUAGGAAUCACUUUGUCCAGUCUCUUCACAUUGUCCCUGGCCUGUACCUUCUAGAAAACCCGAACAGAUACUAUUUUGGAACUUACAUUAUGUUUGUAGGAUCAUAAGACAAGUGCACAUACCAGGUCCCAUAACUCUUGACUUUUGUUUUGACAAAUUUACCACCCCUUCUCACUUGGAAAAUUUCCCAAAGUUGACAUUUCUUUCAAUAUUUCUGAAACCUAUUCAUGCACUUGAGUGAAAUAUCACUCAGUUAUUUGGGAUCAUAAAGUUAGUUUACACACCAAGUUCCAUAAUUCUGCCUUUUAAUUUGAUAAAAUUAUCCCCCUUCUUCACUUAGAACUUGAGACAAAAUUGAUGUUUUCUUUUAACAACUCUGGAACCAUGAAGGUAUUGCACUGGAACUUAUAAUACAAUGUAGGUUGAAAGCAUCGUAAGUCAAGUUCAUACAUCAAAUCCUGUAACUCUUGACUUUGGUUUUUACAAAAUCCCCCCCCCCCCUUUUCUUCACUUUGCAAACAUCCUCGAAAAGUGCUAUUUCCUUUCAGGAAAACAUAUGCAUCUUCACACAGUGAUCAUAAUCGUAAAAAAAAACUUAUUGUACUUACAGUUUCACAUCAUAUGACUUUAUGAUUUAUGACAAUAACUUUAAAGCCAAUGAAGGUAAUACCAUACAACUAGAGACAAUGAUAGAUAUAAAAUGAAAUUAACUGGAGUACAAGAACCAUUACUCUUUCUUGAAUAUAGAUAAACCUAUCUCCCAGGUUUAACAGGUGAAGUGAGUAGUAGUAAGAAAGAUACUGUCAGUAUAAAUUAAUACCAUUAAAGUCUUUUCAAAUAAGGCUUUUGAGCCCGCCUGCUUAGCUCAAUUGGGAAAGCACAGAUCUACGGAUCGCGGGGUGGGGCGUAUGUUUUCUGUGACUAUUUGAUAAAAGACAUGGUGUCUGAAAUCAUUUGUACUCCACCUCUGAUUCAUGUGGGGAGGUUGGCAGUUACUUGCAGAGAACAGGUUUAUACUGGUUCAGCAUCCAGGGACACUGGUUAGGUUAACUGCCUGCCGGUACAUAACUGAAAUACUGUUGAACAAGCGCGUUAAGCCAAAAAUAAACAAACAAAAAACGAGGCUUUUGGUGUGGGUAUGAAUCACAUUUUAGUGAUAGCUCUAGUUUUUUUUUUAUUUUCAUGUCAUUUUACAUUACUAUGAUUUCACAAUAUUAGUGACCUGAGAACCAUGAGUUUCUGGAAGCUUCUAAAUGGAGUGGAGUCAAAACAGCUGAAUUUUGAAAUUAAAUGUACUUCAUCAAAGGAUAUUUGGCAGUACGGUAAAGGCAAUAAGUAACUACUAUAGCAUACAAUGUUAGUUUUGUGAUUUGCAUUGCUGCCCAAAUUGAAUUGGUAGUAUAAACAAAAAUCCUGUGAAUGAUUUCACUUGGAGGAAAAUAGUUUUGCUUUCGUUGUAAUCUACUUAAUUUGCAGUUUUUAAUGCUGUAUACUCAGAAAAUGUACUCAGAAAGUUAAAUAGAGGGAUUAUUUCUCACAACCUAGUCUGUGUUACUAUUAUCAUUUAUAUUUUAAUGUUCUAUUAUAGAGCCCUCUGUGUACUUCUUUGGUUUGCUUCAAGAAUCACACUAUUUUCUUUUUAUUAGCUCACCUGUCACAAAGUGACAAGGUGAGCUUUUGUGAUCGCGUGGUGUCCGUCGUCCGUCCGUGCGUCCGUGCGUCCGUCCGUCUGUAAACUUUUGCUUGUGACCACUCUAGAGGUCACAUUUUUUGUGGGAUCUUUAUGAAAAUUGGACAGAAUGUUCAUCUUGCUGAUAUCUAGGUCAAGUUCGAAACUUGGUCACGUGCCGUCAAAAACUAGGUCAGUCGGUCUAAAAAUAGAAAAACCUUGUGACCUCUCUAGAGGCCAUAUAUUUCAUAAGACCUUCAUGAAAAUUAGUCAGAAUGUUCACCUUGAUGAUAUCUAGGUCAAGUUCGAAACUGGGUCAUGUGCCAUCAAAAACUAGGUCAGUAGGUCUUAAAAUAGAAAAACAUUGUGACCUCUCUAGAGGCCAUAUAUUUCAUAAGAUCUUCAUGAAAAUUGGUCAGAACGUUCACCUUGAUGAUAUCUAGUUCAGUUUCGAAACUCGGUCACGUGCCGUCAAAAACUAGGUCAGUAGGUCAAAUAAUAGAAAAACCUUGUGACCUCUCUAAAGGCCAUAUUUUUCAUGGGAUCUUUAUGAAAGUUGGUCUGAAUGUUCAUCUUGAUGAUAUCUAGGUCAAGUUCGAAACUGGGUCACGUGCCUUAAAAAACUAGGUCAGUAGGUCUAAAAAUAGAAAAACCUUUUGACCUCUCUAGAGGCCAUAUAUUUCAUGAUAUCUUCAUGAAAAUUAGUCAGAAUGUUCACCUUGAUGAUAUCUAGGUCAAGUUCGAAACUGGGUCAUGUGCCAUCAAAAACUAGGUCAGUAGGUCUUAAAAUAGAAAAACAUUGUGACCUCUCUAGAGGCCAUAUAUUUCAUAAGAUCUUCAUGAAAAUUGGUCAGAACGUUCACCUUGAUCAUAUCUAGUUCAGUUUCGAAACUCGGUCACGUGCCAUCAAAAACUAGGUCAGUAGGUCAAAUAAUAGAAAAACCUUGUGACCUCUCUAAAGGCCAUAUUUUUCAUGGGAUCUUUAUGAAAGUUGGUCUGAAUGUUCAUCUUGAUGAUAUCUAGGUCAAGUUCGAAACUGGGUCACGUGCCUUAAAAAACUAGGUCAGUAGGUCUAAAAAUAGAAAAACCUUUUGACCUCUCUAGAGGCCAUAUAUUUCAUGAUAUCUUCAUGAAAAUUAGUCAGAAUGUUCAUCUUGAUGAUAUCUAGGUCAGGUUCGAAACUGGGUCACGUGCCGUCAAAAACUAGGUCAGUAGGUCAAAUAAUAGAAAAACCUUGUGACCUCUCUAGAGGCCAUAUUUUUCAUGGGAUCUGUAUGAAAGUUGGUCUGAAUGAUCAUCUUGAUGGUAUCUAGGUCAAGUUCGAAACAGCGUCAUAUGCGGUCAAAAACUAGGUCAGAAGGUCUAAAAAUAGAAAAACCUUGUGACCUCUCUAGAGGCCAUACUUGUGAAUGGAUCUCCAUAAAAAUUGGUCAGAAUGUUCAUCUUGAUGAUAUCUAGGUCAAGUUUGAAAGUAGGUCUCGUGCCAUCAAAAAGUGGGUCAGUAGGUCAAAUAAUGAAAAAACGUUGUGACCUCUCUAGAGGCCAUAUUUUUCAUGGGAUCUGUAUGAAAGUCGGUCUGAAUGUUCAUCUUGAUGAUAUCUUGGUCAAGUUUGAAAUUGGGUCAACUGCGGUCAAAAACUAGGUCAGUAGGUCUAAAAUUAGAAAAAUCUUUUGACCUCUCUAGAGGCCAUAUUUUUAAUGAGAUCUUCAUGAAAAUUAAUGAGAAUGUUCACCUUGAUGAUUUCUAGGUAAAGUUCAAAACAGGGUCACGUACCUUCGAAAACUAGGUCAAUAGGUCAAUUAAUAGAAAAACCUUGUGACCUCUCUAGUGACCAUAUUUUUCAAUGGAUCUUCAUGAAAAUUGGUCAGCAUUAUUAUCUUGAUAAUAUCUAGGUCAGCGACGUCAUACUCAAAACUGCGUCAUGUGGGAAGAGGUGAGCGAUUGAGGACCAUCAUGGUCCUCUUGUUGAAAUAUUUUAAAUUUUUAGUUCACCUGAGCACAAAGUGCUAAAACUGAGAUAUUGGGACUGCCCUGUGUCCAUCAUGUGUUUUUAACAAUUACACUGCCCAAUUUGAAUGAAACGUUGGUUAGAAUGUUUGUCUUGAUAACACGUUGAACUAGUUUGAAACUAGGUCAUCUUGUAUCAAAAACUAGGUCAAAUCAUAGAGAAAAUAUAAACACUGUAGAGGUCGUGUUUUCUAUUUAAUCUGUAUGAAACCUGGCCAGAAUUUGUCUUUUAAUGAAAUCAAGGUAAAGGUUUAAACCUAAGUUAUCUAAAUCAACGAAUCACCUUGUAAUACUCUAGAAGCCAUAUUUUCUACUUGUUCUAUAUUAAACAUUGUUAGAAUGAUUGUCUCCAUAAAAUCUAAGUAAAGUUUGAAACUGGGCCAACUGGGUGAAAAACUAGUUCACCAGUUAAAAUAGUAGAAAAACGUUGUUAACACUCUAGUGGUCAUAUUUUCUACCAGUCCUGAUCUUUACAAAGCCUGGUCAGAGUGUUUGUCUGUUUGAAAUCUCGGACAGUUUUGAAACUGGGUCAUCUUGAUUUUGAAAAUAGGUCACUAGGUCAAAUCAGAAGAUGUCAUUUUUACAAGAUCCGGAUCAAGUGUAUCUAAAUCUUUAUAAUAUUAAUAACUUGUGUGAAAUUUGGUUAUCUGGAUUCAUUAAAUAGAAAUCUAGCCAGAAUGUUUGUCGUAAUAAAAGUAAAGGCAAUUACAAAGUAGGGGAGCGACUCAUGGCUAUCAUGGUCAUCUUCCUUUAAAGUUUUAGGUCUUAGCUGUACAGUUAGAUUUUAUAUUUUUAAGAACUUAUCAGAAAUAAUGUCAUUUUUUGCCAAAAAGACACUUGAUAUGAUAUAUAAUGGUAUGAAUGAGAACAGUAUAUCAAAAGUAUGACAGUUUGAAUUAUUUCAUACAAUUUGUAUUUUAUCUGCUGUGUUCAUACAUAUGUUUAAUAAUCUAUUCUGUAAACAGAAAUGACAAGGUAUUGUUUCUUACUUGUAUGUAUGAAAACCUCCACGCCACUCUUGCUUCACUUGUGUAAUAUGUAUAUGGUAUUAGUCAUAUUUGAAAUUUUCGAAUUUACCUAGAAGAUAGGAUAGAUAUACAAAGUAACAAUGGGUAUAUGAUUCUAGUCAUGUUUUUUAAACAAGAACUGAUGUAUUGCCAAGAAAAAAAACUGUUUUAAUGACGAAAUCAGGGAAGGCCAUGUUUUUAAGAGCUCCUUUAUAUUGUACAGGGUCUUUAUUUAUCAGUUUAUUGUGUGAAAUUUAGGCAUACACUUAACCCUUACCCUGCUAAGUUUCUAUAAUGAACUUGUCCAUCUUCCAAUUUGGACAGUGCCAUUAACUGUUAAAAGGGGUGCUUACCAGAAAGAUACUGACUGAAUGGCGAACAGUUCAGAUCAUGAUCUUCACUGGCCACAAAGGCAGAAUCAAUCCUGUCCAGCAUGAUAAAGGGUUAAUAAUGCCAAAUAUUUAAUUUACUCUAACUUUAUGACUUGUUCAAAUUGAAAAUUUAUUGGUUUCUGGACCAAGUUUGAAGACUUGAAACUUUUUUGAGUCUUGUCAUUGCAUUUAUUCAAGCUUUCUCUUAACUGAGAACAAUUAAAAGAACAUGCUUUAAACAAAUUGCUUUUGAAUAAUGUACUUUCGGGGAUAGGGGUGAUGGGUGUUAUAGAUAAUGUUUUAUUAUCUAUCUGUUGAAUUGUGGUUAAGCUAUCUCUGAAAUAUAGUUUGAUAUAAAAUGUUUAUCAAGCAUUGAUAAAAAAUGCAGAAGUGAAAACCAUAUUAAAUUGUUGUAAACAAUUUUGCCUAAUAUUGUUCCAUAACGACAUUAGUGACUUUAUUUUACAGGUGUACUUUACAAAAAAUAAGAUGGAAGCUUUUUGUACAAUUAGCCAUUUUCACAAAAUUUAGUUUAUAGUUAAUACAUGUAGAGAGAAUUUCAUUUUAACCCCCCACCUCCCCACCCCCUCCAAAUAUCAACAAGUCUCUUUAUAGAAUGUAGUAUAAAUAAUAUAUAGAGAGAUGAGAUUUAUGUUUUUCAUGUCUAGUCGGACACAGUGAAACUGCAUCACGUUCAUAUCUAUGGUAUAUAAUAUAUUCCUUGUGAGAUUAUCUCCACAUGAAAUUCUCCAUGUCUGUAAUGAUGUACAUGUAUAUUUGAUUACCACUGUGAUUUUUUGUUAUAUCAAAAAAGUGAAAAUGAAUUUGACCAUUUUUACACACCUUGCAAUAAACAGUUACACAUGA